AUGGACAAGUCAUGGAAGCGAUCGACAUGGCGAGCAAGUUGGGCCUAUUCUCAUAGAACAUCCGCCAUUAGCUCAGAGCCCUCUGUAAACGUAUGCAUCACAACCUCUCAGCCAAGCACGCCUGUUGCAAGUCCCAGGCCAAAGCGAUAUACUUGGGACAGGAGCAUCCGUACGAGCCAGUUGUACAUUGGGGACAACAUUAUAGCCAGUCUUCUGUCUCUUGACGGCGACACAAAACCCCCCAGUGAUUGGCAACGCUCGCUAACGAAUGCAACCUCGCCGCCAGUAGUGACCAGCUCUCAGAAGCCCCCAGAAUCACCACUCGUAGACGAUUCGACACCCACCGUGCAUGUUGCGCCUGCGGGUCGAAACUCGCUCGAGAGGGAGAUUGACGUGAAUCCCAAAGACCAAGAAGCACUAGCAAUGGCAAUAAACCUCUUGUCACUCAACCAUGAACCACCAACGUCGGCUAAGAGAAAUCAGUUCCCCACCUGGCGAACGUCGACGAUCAAGAACUUUCAAUUCCCCGAACCGGCAACGCGUGCACUCUACGCACUCGUAACAAAUUCAUUUACUCCUGGGCAACUCCUCGCCGCUGGUCAGAUACGGCGGUUCCUAAACAACCACCCAGCCGAUCCCAUCCCCACCUACCUUGUUGCCGAAGAAAUCGCGGAAAUACACGGAGAGCAUGGAUGGUGUCUCAUAGGAAAAUGCGGUCUGGCGCGCAUCUCGUCCAAGUUCACUCGUCUAUCCUCGACGGGUACAGAUGAAAGGCUGGAUGACCCACCGCGAAGACAGAUCCAAGCCCUAUGUGACCACAUUAGGGAUGUGCACUUUCAACAACUACCAUUUACAUGUCACCUCUGUCCAGUAUCGUUUAGAGGCGAAGGUGAACUCGACAGACACUUGCGAACUCAUCCGCUCGGCGACUUUGAGUGCACAGUCUGCGGCGAGAUCCUCUAUAGCAACGAAUUGCGACGGCGGCACCGUUCAAAGCAUACAAAGCAAAACAAAUUCCUUCGUCUUCUCACCAAAGUAAUCCCCCUCAGAUAA